CUUUACUGCUGCUGAUAAGGUUUGAUUGUUUGGAUUCAGAGGAUGUAUGGAGUCGGGGGUGGUAGUUCCGACAACGAUGGAGAGUUCUGUUCAGCCGCGGUCGGAGGUGGAGAAGGCAAACGAUGGGUACCGGUGAAGCUGACCUUCGUGUCUUACCCCGAGGGCGACUGGGUGGGACACAUACUGGCCUGGUUCUCCCUCGCUCCUGUCCUCCUUAUCGCUGCUACUUUAGGGGUGUGUCUGUUCAGAAGGGAGGUGCAGAUUGUGGUGUUCUUGGCCGGCGUAGUCAUCAACGAGGCCAUCAACUUGGUUUCAAAGAAGUUGAUAAAUCAGCCGCGGCCCUGUUCGCAACAUGACAUGAGUCUGCAGCACAGUGAGUUGGGGAUGCCUUCCUCCCACGCCCAGUUCAUCUCCUUCUUCUGUCUCUAUCUCUCCCUCUUCGUCACCCUCAGAGUGCCACACCUCUCCUCUCAUUCAUCAUAUUCAUCCUCUUCUUCGUCCUCACAUCAUCACAAUAACAGCAACAGCAACAGCAACUCUGGAGGAACAGCAGCAACUACCGCCAUGUCCAACAAUUCGGCCUCUCCGAAUGGUAAUGCGGUUGGUGGUGGUUCCACAGGAGUCUAUUAUCCCAGUGCGUACAGCUAUAGCAGUGCCUGCUCUUCUGUGAGUGACAUAUUGAGCUACUUGAGGUGUUGGUGGAAGCUCACUCUCAACAUCUCUUUCAUGUCCUUUGCUUUCAUCGUGUCUUACAGCAGAGUCUAUUUGCAGUACCACACAUGGGCCCAGAUAUGUGUCGGAACAUUCUGUGGAAGUUUGUUUGCUCUUGUGUGGUAUGUGGCGACUGUGGUGCUGUUUGUACCCCGCUACCACUUGAUAGUGUCGAACAGGGUGGGGGAGUUUCUAAUGCUCAGGGACUCCAGCCUCAUUCCCAAUGUGCUCCUGUUCGAGUAUGUCAAGGCACGCACAGAGGCACAAGCCAGACAGCGCAAACUCCAACCGGACAGCAACCACUGCAGCUGACCAUGCAAAUCCAGAUGAAAGAGAAGCAAAGAUAGUGUUACAUGACAAAAAAAUUAGUCAAAUUAUUAUUUAUAAAACGAUGGGUGUUAGCACAGUCGAUAUUUUGGUGUCACGGCAAAGAAAAUUCAGAUGCCAAGACCAAACGCAAUAAGUUCAAUGAAUUAAUGAACGAAUAUUUCCUUGGUGUUUUUAUUUUCUUAAUUCGAAAAGUCAUUUGAAUAACGAGACCGUUCCAUAGCUCUACAAAUGAAUCAUCAUCGCAAGUUUUGCCAAAUACAAUCUUUUCAUUAUUCAGGGUUAUUAUAUUACACGCAAAAAAUGCUAGUAUCUUUCAUGGCAUAGAAAAUCCUGUACGAGAAAAAAAAUUAUGUCGAACUUCACAAAAGUAGAUAACCAUCUAAAUCCAAAUCCCCUCCCCCACUAAACAUCAACACAGUUUAGUCUAUCGCCAGGACUCUUGACUUGUCCAUAAAACCAAUAUUGUUGGUAUGAUUUCUUCUCUAUGAUUUUGUUUUCGUUUCAUUUGAUGUUCUUCUAUAAACCAUAUUUGUUUUUAUUUAAGUAGUGAUAUUCUAUUUUGUCCUUAUUAUUUAUGAAUGAAUUCACUGUUCGCAGAAAUGAAAAUUAUUUUGUAAUGACUAAUUUUAUUCUUA